AUGGCGGCGUCGGACGCCGUCAAGUAUAUGCCAAUUCACGGCGGAACAACAGCAACCGCCGACAUCAAGAGCUUCUUCUCCGCCUUGAAACCCAAAAAAACCUCAACUUUCGCUUACGCCUUUGUAAUCACCUUCGUCUCUUUCACUCUGUUCUUCGCCUUUAGUCCUUCUCCAAACUCAUCUUCUCCUUGGUUCUCUAACAUAUUCUCUUCCUCCUCAACCUCUCCUUCAUCAGACAACACUUCCGGAUCUCAAUUCUCUUCAAUCUUCUCCUAUAUUCUCCCCAAUGUCACUUCAACCAAACCCUCCAAUAGAUCCAGCGACGCCGCUUCCAACUCCACAGAGCCUGUCUCUGCAAACGCCACUUCUCCGUCUCCAAACUCAAAUCCCGUCUCCGAUGUCCCCAAAAACACUACUUUGCAAGCACCGCCGCCGGAAAACCUCACUCCGAUUGCUAAAAACUCGACCUUUCAAUCUCCGAUCGUAAACCGAACCAACCCGGUUGAAAAAAACAACACUUCUCAUCCUCUGCUUUCAGAUAAACCGUCGACGGGAUCGAAUAACCAGUCACGGACCACCGAUGCUGUUCAAACUCCGUACUCCGCAGCUCCAGCGCCGUCAAAAGCACCCGUGUCGGUGGAUCUGACGGCCAAUUCCAAAUCCAAUUCAUCAACUGUUUCUACGCAACAGGGGAAACAAACCGAAACCGGAACCGGCGGUUUGGUUUCGUCAGUGAAACAAGAGAUCGAGAAAUGGAGCGAAUCGCUGAAGAACUGCGAGUUCUUCGACGGUGAAUGGAUUAGAGACGAUUCGUAUCCGCUUUACAAACCAGGCUCGUGUAAGCUGAUCGACGAACAGUUCAACUGUAUUUCAAACGGAAGACCCGACAAAGACUUCCAGAAGUUGAAGUGGAAACCUAAGAAGUGUAGUUUACCAAGGUUAAAUGCACCUAUAUUGCUGGAGAUGCUUAGAGGAAGAAGGCUAGUGUUUGUGGGCGAUUCUCUGAAUAGGAACAUGUGGGAGUCUCUGGUUUGCAUGCUUAAAGGAUCAGUGAAAGAUAAGAGCAAAGUCUAUGAAGCUAGUGGACGACAUCAUUUCCGUGGGGAGGCUGAGUACUCCUUCGUCUUCCAUGAUUACAACUGCACGGUGGAGUUCUUUGUGUCACCGUUCUUGGUCCAAGAAACGGAGAUUGUUGACAAGAAGGGAACGAAGAAGGAGACUCUAAGGCUGGAUUUGGUCGGGAAGUCAUCUGAGCAGUACAAAGGAGCUGAUAUUAUUAUCUUCAACACCGGACAUUGGUGGACUCACGAGAAAACCUCCAAAGGGGAGGACUAUUAUCAAGAAGGAAGCAAUGUUUACCAUGAGCUCGCUGUCCUUGAAGCUUUCCGUAAAGCUUUGACAACAUGGGGUCGAUGGGUUGAGAAGAAUGUGAAUCCAGAGAAGACCCUUGUUUUCUUCCGUGGCUACUCUGCCUCUCAUUUCAGUGGUGGGCAGUGGAACUCGGGAGGAGCAUGCGAUAGUGAAACAGAACCAAUCAAGAACGAGACGUACUUGACCCCGUACCCGUCUAAAAUGAAGGUGCUUGAGAAAGUGUUGAGGGGUAUGAAAACGCCAGUCACGUAUCUGAACAUCACCAGAUUAACGGACUACAGGAAAGAUGGACACCCGUCGGUGUACCGGAAACAUAGCAUACCGGAGAAAGAGAAAAGAACGCCGUUGCUGUACCAAGACUGCAGCCAUUGGUGUCUUCCCGGAGUUCCAGACUCUUGGAAUGAGAUCCUCUACGCCGAGUUGCUCGUUAAACUCAAUCAGCUCGGACAAACACGACGGAAACCCUGA